CGCCCCCACCCCGGGCCGGCUUGCCUCCGCCGCGGCCGCGGCGUCCGUCCCCCCGUAGCUGCGCUACCGGAGGAAACGGAAGAAAGCGCAAGCCAUGGAGGGGAACCGGGAUGAGGCGGAGAAAUGUGUCGAGAUCGCCCGGGAGGCCCUCAACGCCGGCAACCGUGAGAAGGCCCAGCGCUUCCUGCAGAAGGCGGAGAAGCUCUACCCGCUGCCCUCGGCCCGCGCACUGUUGGAGAUAAUUAUGAAAAAUGGAAGCACCGCUGGAAAUAGCCCUCAUUGCCGAAAACCGUCAGGUUGUGGUGAUCAAAACAAGCCUAAUUGUACAAAGGACAGCACAUCUGGUAGCGGUGAAAGUGGAAAGGGCUACACCAAAGACCAAGUAGAUGGAGUUCUCAGCAUAAACAAAUGUAAAAAUUACUAUGAAGUACUUGGAGUUACCAAAGAUGCUGGUGAUGAAGAUUUGAAAAAAGCUUAUAGAAAGCUUGCUUUGAAGUUUCAUCCAGACAAAAACCAUGCACCUGGAGCAACAGAUGCUUUUAAAAAGAUUGGAAAUGCUUAUGCUGUUUUAAGCAAUCCAGAAAAACGAAAACAAUAUGACCUCACAGGCAAUGAAGAACAAGCAUGUAAUCACCAAAACAAUGGUAGAUUUAAUUUCCAUCGAGGUUGUGAAGCGGAUAUAACUCCCGAAGACUUAUUUAAUAUAUUCUUUGGUGGUGGAUUUCCCUCAGGUAGUGUACAUUCAUUUUCAAAUGGACGAGCUGGUUAUAGCCAUCAACAUCAGCAUCGACAUAGUGGACAUGAAAGAGAAGAAGAAAGAGGAGAUGGAGGUUUUUCUGUGUUUAUCCAGCUGAUGCCCAUUAUUGUAUUGAUCCUCGUGUCAUUAUUAAGCCAGUUGAUGGUCUCUAAUCCUCCUUAUUCCCUAUACCCCAGAUCUGGAUCAGGGCAAACUAUUAAAAUGCAAACAGAAAACUUGGGUGUCGUUUACUAUGUCAACAAGGACUUUAAAAAUGAAUAUAAAGGAAUGUUAUUACAAAAAGUAGAAAAGAGUGUGGAAGAAGAUUAUGUGACUAAUAUUCGAAAUAAUUGCUGGAAAGAAAGACAACAAAGUAAAAACAGAUAUGCAGUAUGCAGCAAAAGUAUACCGUGAUGAUCGGCUCCGAAGAAAGGCAGACGCCUUGAGCAUGGACAACUGUAAAGAAUUGGAGCGGCUGACCAGUAUUUAUAAAGGAGGAUGAACAAGGAUUGUAUUUAUACCUUUUAGUGUACUCUUUAUUUUUUCUGUAAGUAAGUUUAGUUUCAUCAUGAGAGCUAAAGAAAAAGAUUGGAUGUUAAAAACUAAACUGAAUAGUUGGUCCCUGAAAUCUUGGACUGUUUAUGACCUAACUGGCUCCUUUAAAUAGUAGGGAACUGAAAACUAAAAUUAAUAUUUUACUUAUGCUUCUGGCAAUUAUUUUCACUUUAAAAGCUUAUAUUAUUCCUAACUAAAAAUGUCUUGAGAAAGGAUUAUCACACCUGUAGCAGUUUCCAGUUUUAGUGAUUCUCCAUGUUUCCUUUGGUCAUGUAAAUAUUUAUGGAAUGAUCACUUUGUGUACAUAUGGGUUACUGCAUUUUUAUUUAAAUUCUUUUAGCAUUUAACUCCAUGAGACACUUUAGUUUAAACUGAUAGAAUACAUGUUCUGUGACAAAAUUACGUUUCUCUUGUCAGAUGUCGAAUGUGGAGUUUAAGCAAUGAAACUUUUUCAAAAAGAAAAGAAAAAACAAAAAGCUGUUUAACUGUGUAAAUCUUGUAGCAUUAUCAGCUUAGAGGGAAUUGAUAUUUUUAAUAUUGCCAUUAUAUUCCAGAAUAUAUAUUGAGAUAAAUGAACUGGUGUAGAGUAUCAGUUUGCUAUUUAGUUUUAUGAAUUGCUAAGCCAUGCAUAGAAAUGAAAUGCUAUACUGAUAGAUUUUAAAGAAAAUAUGAGGAAAUGGCUAUGUAGAUAUUAAACCAAAAGGGUCUUCAACAGUAAAUUGCAGUUAUGUCAUUUGCAAUUCCAGUAAUUCAAAGGCCCCCACAUAUUUAUAUUUCUGUCUUUGAAGGCUGCUAACAUUUAUGAAGAAGAGGACCCAACUGUUUCGCCCCCCAUGGAAAUUUUAGUCUCUUCUUAGUGAUCAUUUGAGCAGGAUCCAAAGUAAAUGGGUUCUUCUACAAAUGAGUAAUAAGAGAAAAAUACUACAAAAAUGAAGCUUUGUGCCUUUUAACCUGAUUGCCAACUCUUAAACAUAUAAGUAGAUUACAGCACACUUACAUGAUCAGAGCAUGAUCUGUUUGGCCACAUGCAACAGUGAGCAGCAGGUAGAAUAGUGAUUUAUGGCAAGUUAUCCUUACAAAAUUCUGAGCUAAAAACUAUUCACCGUUGAGUAAUUCAAUUAUCUUAUAGGAAUAAGCUCUCUGUAAUUCAAUCCAUAAUAUAAAUUAGAAAAAUAAGCUGGAAAUUGAAGUUUCUGGUGCCUGUAUAUUGAGUAUGAAAACUAUUUGAUUUCUAGUGUUCUAUGUUUAACAGUUGUAAUAUUUUAAUGAUUUUGCUUCAUACUCAGUUAAUGGAACACAAAUGCAUCUUUGGUAGUUUUGUGUGUGUGUGAGAGCAUGCUAGUUCUAGUGGCAGUGUUCUUUUGUUUAAGGAUUUUUUUUUCUGACUGUGGUUGAUUAUUAUAGCAUCUGUUGAAAAAAACUGCUAAAAUGACCAAUCUUUUUAAAAUGUUCUCUUGUAUCCCCUUUUCCAGGUGAAUCAGUAGAAAUAUCCGAAUGAAUUAGUGAGUUAAACUAAACAACAUACUGCCCUAGGAAAACUGGACAUCUUCACCAGUUUUCUUUUAGAAAUGCAACUUUUAAAUAAAACAAAAUAGCAGUGCUUAAAAGAAAAUACAAAUUUAAAUAUCUUCUUGAGCCUGCAGAAUGAAUUUUUAGAAAAUAAGGUCAUAGCAUUCUAAUUAAUUUUGAAAGUUCAUAUACAUCCGAAAACUUACAAAACUUUAAAUGAAAAAAUUUUGUCCAUUUAUUUUUCCAGUUUUAAUGAGAAAUUUACGCUAUUGUGAUUGACGCUAAUGUGAAUUGAACUCUUGUUGAGUGAUUCUUUUUCCCUUAAUCUUGGCUUUAUGGGGAUAGAUGAAGUUAUCAAGUUAAGUGAAGUUAUAUAUUAUGAAGUAUAUGGCUUUUGGACAGUAUUAUAUUUCAGUUGCAUUGCUGCAUUCCAUCACAUUUUGUAAAAUGUUCGGGGGAAAUGUGUUCGAUAAAAUAAAAUUUUCAGACAACUGUGAGAAAUAA